AAAAAGCAACCAGAAAAAGCCGACCGGACGCUGGCAAGCACAGGCAGCACGCAUUCCUACUCCAGCAUUGACUGACAGCGUUCGCCACUGCACACUCACGAGCUUCACUCUCGCAGUCUCGCGCUCGAUACUCUCCCCCGGCACCAAGAAACCGCCGGAAUCGCCUCCCACCAGCCACCACCUUUCCUUCCUCGAUCCCUCCCUUCCGAUCUUGCCAAAGAAUACGAGAUCCGGCCUGCGGUGGCGAGCGGCCCUGUCCUGAUCCGAUGGCGUCGCCGGCGCCCGGAGGGAAGGGGGCGGGGGAGGGCGGCGACAAGGCGGAGUGGCUGAUCUACGCCUUCGUGGCGCGGGGCACGGCGGUGCUGGCGGAGUACACCGAGUUCACCGGCAACUUCCCCUCCAUCGCCGCGCAAUGCCUGCAGCGGCUACCCGCCGGCUCCUCCUCCGCCAGCCCCGGCGGUAGCGGCGCGCCGGCUCGGUUCAGCUACUCCUGCGACCGGCACACGUUCAGCUUCCUCCUCCACCGCGGCUACGCCUAUUGUGUAGUUGCGAAGGAAUCCGUUCCAAAGAAUGUCUCGGUGGCCUUUCUUGAGAGGUUAAAAGAUGACUUCAUGAAGAGAUAUGGAGGUGGUAAAGCUGAUACAGCUCUUGCAAAAAGUCUAAAUAAAGAAUAUGGGCCAGUUAUAAAGCAACACAUUCAGUAUGUUCUUGAACAUUCAGAGGAACUAGACAAAACUUUGAAAGUGCAAGCCCAAGUUUCAGAAGUUAAAAAUAUCAUGUUAGACAAUAUAGAAAAGACAUUGGGCCGUGGAGAAACAUUGAGUGAACUCCAAGACAAGACUUCUGAUCUACGUAGUCAGGCACAGGAGUUCAAGAAACAAGGGGUGAAAAUUCGUAGGAAGACUUGGUUGCAGAACAUGAAGAUUAAGUUGGUGAUUCUGGGAAUCCUUUUGCUUCUCGUAGUUAUCGUCUGGGUGUCCGUGUGUCAAGGCUUUGACUGCACGAAGCAUGAAACAUAAUAAGAACAGUACAGCACUACUAUAGUGGUAGCUAGGAGUCAACUGAACGUGAAUUCGUGCUGGUGAAAUCAAGUGUACCGACAUACAUACGCUUCUCUAGUUUGAUUCCACUGAAUAUUUACCGCUAUACAAAUGUAAAGCUGAGUUCAUCUUCCUGCACUUAUGAGGUGUAUUCAGAAUGUAUGCCCAGCAAUGAUAUGAAGUGAUAGUACGGUUUCUUGUGUAUCUAGCUGAAAAUGCAUUCCUUCUUUCCUGUUUCCUGAA